CAAUUUUUGGCCACUAAUUAAAGCAUUUAAUUGUCCUUUCGCCUGUCAUUAACUGCCAUAGCGUCAUGCUGCGACCUUGGCUGCGCCAGGGCCCGCGAGCCACUCGUUCCUUUACUUGCCCGCAAUGCCUUCAUCUCCUUCGCCGGCCGCAGCAGCUUCAACGGUCUCUACUUCCUUCCUCCGCCCUCUCGUCUCCUCUACGAUCCCUCCAGACCACGACAACCCCUGAGUCAACGGAUCGAGUACCCCUGCGCAAACAGCUCAAACAAGAUGCCAAAGCCCUGAGGGCGCGCAAACGACAGACCCGCGAGCAUGAGGAGGCUUCUCGCCAGAAAUGGGAGCUGACGGUGGGAAUUGAAAUUCAUGCGCAGCUCAACACCGAGGCCAAACUAUUCUCUAAAGCACCAACCUCGUCGACGGAUCUCCCCAAUUCCAAUGUUGCGCUCUUCGAUCUUGCCUUUCCCGGCAGUCAACCGGAAUUUCAAGCCGCUACUCUUCUUCCCGCCUUGCGCGCCGCGAUCGCCCUGAACUGUGAUAUCCAGCCAGUCAGCAAAUUUGACCGCAAACACUAUUUCUACCAGGACCAGCCUGCUGGGUAUCAGAUUACACAAUACUAUGAACCCCUAGCGAAGAACGGUUACGUGGAUCUCUUUCGUCACGAUGGUAUCGCCCCGGAGGAUGGAGACCAAGUGCGCAUCGGCAUCAAACAGAUUCAGAUGGAACAGGAUACGGCCAAGUCCCAGGAAUACCCUCCUUCGACGCAAUUGCUCGACUUUAACCGAGUCUCCCAUCCGCUCAUCGAAAUCAUCACGAUGCCCGAGAUCCACACGCCGGCGACCGCGGCGGCCUGUGUGCGAAAGAUUCUGUCGAUCCUACAAUCAUGCAAUGCGGUGACAACUGGUAUGGAACUCGGCGGUCUGCGAGCGGAUGUCAAUGUCUCCAUCCGUCAACGAGGUGACCUUGCCGGCAACCAUCAGUAUGGCGGUAUUGCAGGUCUGGGACAGCGCACGGAGAUCAAGAACCUUAGCAGCUUCAAGGCCGUCGAGGAUGCCAUUAUCGCCGAGAAGAACCGCCAGAUAGCUGUUUUGGAAAGCGGUGGGGUGGUGGAAGGCGAAACCCGUGGCUGGACCAUUGGCAGCACUGAGACGCGCAAGCUGCGUGGCAAGGAGGGAGAGGUCGACUAUCGCUACAUGCCGGACCCUGAUUUGCCUCCGGUCUAUAUCGGAGAGGAUCUGAUCUCAGAGCUAAGACGGACACUUCCAACGGCCUCCGACGCACUUCUCGGUCAACUGACGGGGAUGAAAUAUGGGCUGACCGUUGAGGAUGCAAAGCCGCUCGUAGAGCUAGACGAAGGUGCUCGACUGGAGUACUACCAAAACGUCGUGGACCUCCUGUGGCAGCAGCAAUCAGAGACAGACGCUAAGGCUCAGCAGGCACUGGCGCGCCUGGCCGGAAACUGGGUGCUGCACGAGCUGGGAGGUCUCUUGACCAAGGCGGAUUUGGCCUGGGAUGCACAGCGCGUUCCAGCGGCCUCUCUGGCGGCACUUCUCGACCAGCUUCAGCGGAAACGCAUUACUGGCCCGACGGCCAAGCAGGUGCUGGCUCUGGUGUUCGACGGGGACCAGCGCCCUAUCCCGCAGCUGCUGGAGGAGGAGAAUUUGCUCCUGCGGCCCUUAUCGCGGGAAGAGUACAUCGUGCUGGCGGAGGCAGCUAUCGCAUUAAACCCAUCGAUGGUCGAGCAGAUCCGACAGAAGAACCAACUGGGCAAACUCGGUUGGUUUGUAGGACAGAUGAUGCGGAUGGGAGAGAAAGGGCGUGUGGAAGCGCCCAAGGCCGACACGAUUCUGCGGGAAUUAAUUCUGGAGGGGGCGAAAUAAAUGUAUAGUAGUGAGGUUGUACGAGUAGAUAGCUAGAUCUGAGCCGAGACCGCUCAUGCAUGAUAAUAACGAUGAU